AUGUGGGGUAUGAGACCUACUGACGCGGUGAAAAGUGGCCGCAUUGUCAAAGUGGGAAUCAUAGGAUGCGGCUUGGUCACGCAAGUUGUUCACGUGCCCUGUAUGAACUCGUUGUCCCACCUGUUCCAGGUGACAUACCUCUAUGACGUCUCUGAGGAUGCUACGAAACACAGCCUGGAAAAGCUCGCUGGCAGCUCGAAGCCCAAGACCACCAGAAGGCUCGAGGAAAUUUGCAACGCGCCUGAAGUCGACUUGGUGCUGAUAGCAACACAUCACGCUUUUCAUGCAUCCCAUGCAUUGCUUGCGCUGCAAGCAAACAAGCACGUGUUCAUUGAGAAGCCCAUUGCAUUGACUUUGCAAGACACAGACCGUAUUAUUGCUGCGGACACGGCUGCAGGCGGUGGCAGAGUCAUGAUCGGUUACAUGAGGAGAUAUGCUGCAGCUUUUGUCGACGCGGUGAAAGAGGUUGGCACCAUUGAUCAAGUGCGUUACGCUCGCGUUCGAGACAUCAUCGGGCCGAACUCCGUCUUCGUGGGACAAUCCGGCACAUUCCCUAGGACUUUCAACGAUUACCAAGAAGCAGAUUCCGAAGCUUUGCGUCAGAAGAUAGCGGAAGAUGUUGACCAGGCUCUGCAGACUGAGCUUGGGGUCUCCGUCACACCGGAAACGGAUAUGAUGUGGCACACGCUUUCCAUGCUUGGUUCACAUGACUUGAGCGCCAUGCGGGAAAUCCUGGGAAUGCCAAAGGGUGUCGUAGGAUUCUCUCCCUGUGCUACUACUGGCUCACCGUUCUGGAGUGCGAUAUUCCAAUACCCCAGCUUUGCCGUCGCAUACGAGUCUGGUGUCGACCAGGUGGCAAGAUUUGAUGCAUCAAUCGAGGUUUUUGGCGAUACAAAGACUGUCAAAGUGUGCAUCGAUACCCCGUUUGUCAGGGGCCUGCCGACGACGAUGAUCGUAAAAGAGACCCUGCCGGAUGGAUCGUACCGGGAAUCCACCAUCCGGCGAACUUACGAAGACCCGUUCUUGCUCGAACUACAGGAGAUGUACAAAUGGGUCACGGAAGGGAAUAUUCCCAAGACAACCCCAGCUGAUGCUCGGAACGAUCUCGAGAUUUUGGGGAUGCUUAUGAAAGCUAUUGCCAAUUGA